UGAUCUGAAGACAAGAACCAGGAAUUUCUUCCAGGUCCCUGAUCUCCCAUGAGGGUAUGUAGGGGGGCCAGGGUCCAGUUGGAGAGGUAGAACAGGUGGGAAUUGAACCUGUACCCUGAUGGGAUUCCAUGUUGUAGAAAGAGGUUUUACCCUCUAUACCAUGAUGCCAGCCCCACCUUGGUCUAUCUUAGGUUUUCUUCACAAGAAGUCCUUUAGGGUUUCAGAAAUAAUGCUGACAGAAAUGGUAACAAUGGAUAUUUUGGAAACAGGAGGGACAUGUUAUUUUUGAGGUGUGCUGAUUUGCUUUAAAAAGGUUUUUGUGAGAGAUCAAGGACCAGGGGUAGCCUUUGCCAUUCUUGUGUUUUGAUAUUUAAAAUUAAUGUUUACUUUUUUUUCAGUAUCUGCUAACAAAAAUCACCAAAUGCCUAGAAAAUCCAGCUAUCCAUCAUAGGCAUGAUUCUCCACAUUGGUGCAGCUAGCCAUGAACUAUCCUUUUCUUCUCCCUCUUUUUCCCAGAUAUCUCCCGAGGCCAAUUCAGCACCUCUACCUGGCCAUCCUAACAAGGUGAUUUGUGAAAGGGUGAGACUUCAGAGCCUGUUCCCUCUUCUCCCAAGUGAUCAGAACACUACCGUUCAAGAGGAUGCCCACUUCAAAGCUUUCUUCCAGAGUGAAGAUAGUCCAAGUCCCAAGAGACAGCGCCUCUCUCAUUCAGUCUUUGACUAUACAUCAGCAUCACCAGCUCCCUCACCACCAAUGCGACCAUGGGAGAUGACAUCAAAUAGGCAGCCCCCUUCAGUUCGACCAAGCCAACAUCACUUCUCAGGGGAACGAUGCAACACACCUGCACGCAACAGAAGAAGUCCUCCUGUCAGGCGCCAGAGAGGGAGAAGGGAUCGCCUGUCUCGACACAAUUCCAUUAGUCAAGAUGAAAACUAUCACCAUCUCCCUUAUGCACAGCAGCAAGCAAUAGAAGAACCUCGAGCCUUCCACCCCCCAAAUGUAUCUCCCCGUCUGUUACAUCCUGCCGCUCAUCCACCCCAGCAGAAUGCAGUAAUGGUUGACAUACAUGAUCAGCUCCAUCAAGGCACAGUGCCUGUUUCCUACACAGUAACAACAGUGGCACCACAUGGACUUCCCCUCUGCACAGGCCAGCACAUCCCUGCGUGCAGUGCGCAGCAAGUCCCAGGAUGCUCUGUGGUUUUCAGUGGACAGCACCUCCCCGUCUGUAGUGUGCCUCCUCCGAUGCUUCAGGCAUGUUCCGUUCAGCACUUACCAGUACCAUAUGCUGCAUUCCCACCCCUUAUUUCUAGUGAUCCAUUUCUUAUACAUCCUCCUCACCUUUCUCCCCAUCAUCCUCCACAUUUGCCACCACCAGGCCAGUUUGUCCCCUUCCAAACGCAGCAAUCACGAUCGCCUCUGCAGAGGAUAGAAAACGAAGUGGAACUGUUAGGAGAACAUCUUCCAGUCGGAAGUUUUACCUACCCUGCCUCAGCUCAUCCCCCAACGUUGCCUCCAUCGGCUCCUUUGCAGUUCUUGGCACAUGACCCUUUGCAUCAAGAGGUGUCCUUUGGAGUACCUUACCCUCCAUUUAUGCCUCGGAGGCUCCCAGGCCGGAGCAGAUACCGAUCCCAGCAGCCGAUCCCACCACCCCCUUACCAUCCCAGCUUGCUGCCAUAUGUUCUAUCAAUGCUACCAGUGCCACCUGCUGUGGGCCCAACUUUCAGCUUUGAAUUGGAUGUGGAAGAUGGAGAAGUAGAAAAUUAUGAGGCCCUGUUAAACCUGGCAGAGCGACUGGGAGAGGCUAAGCCUCGAGGACUGACGAAAGCCGACAUUGAACAACUUCCUUCCUACAGGUUCAAUCCUAACAACCACCAGUCAGAACAGACCUUGUGUGUAGUGUGCAUGUGUGAUUUUGAGUCAAGGCAGCUACUUAGAGUCUUACCCUGUAACCACGAGUUCCAUGCCAAGUGUGUUGACAAAUGGCUAAAGGCAAACCGUACUUGCCCCAUUUGCCGAGCUGACGCCUCAGAAGUGCAUCGGGAUUCCGAGUAACCAAGCUAAGAGCACAAGUGGAGUGUGGGGUUCCUCGUCACAUGUACAUACGGACUGUCCAUGGAACUGACUGUGGCUUCCAGCCCUCCCUUUACCAAAAGGGUCAAUGGACCUUUCUUUGCACUGUGUGACUUAAUCAACUAUAAAAGCUUACAAUUAGUCUUCACAAUUAUGGGAUUGUUAUACUAACCGUGUGAUUGGAACUCCAAAGACUUUCUUUAGCUUAAUUUUGUGUGUGCACUAACAUUCCCUGGUUUUUGUGUGAUCAUUCCGAGUGUUGCUGCAAGAUUACAGUGGACGUGAUCUUUUAGCAUGUGCUUUUAUAAAAAGUGGUAGCCCCAGAUGAUAUAGCAAUCUACCUUAUAUAGAGCCUUCAGAAACUGUGAGUGGAAAUGAAUGGAGUAUGACUGCUGGUGACAAAUGUAUCUGUAUAUGUGAGAGAGUGUGUGCAACUACUUGUGUGAGGGCAUGGUAGCUAAUGUGUGUGUGAGAUCCUAUAUACCAGCAUGUACCAAGAAUGUGUGUGUAGUUUUAAUUAUGCUGCAAUGUAUAAUCUGGUGUGUUAUUUAAACAGCACUAGUACUGUACACUGGUUUUCCCCUUGUGUUUGCUGUUGCACACUGAUUGCUAAGGGUGCAUCCAUGGUAAGCCUUGAGUUCUCCCUCCCCUUCCUGCUCAGAGCGGGGUGAGGAAAGGCUUCUUCCUUUGCUUCAGGCAGCUGUCGCCUUCUCUACACUGGUGAUCCCGGGUGGGUCACUUGAGAAAAACAAUUGUCACAGAUUCUCACUCCAUAAACCCAAUGUUUUCAUUCUGUUGUGAAAAAGAAAUUCUUAAGCCUCCUCCUUGCUGUUUCCAAAAAGAAGGUGCAAUAUCAUACAUCAGCAAUUAGCAAUAUUAGCAUUUCAAUCAGUGAUUUGAAUGUUGAUGCUUUCUUGUUUUACUUUCUGGUAAGCUUCUUACAGGAAGUACCUGUGUUUUGGGGGGUUUUUUGUUUUGUUUUUAAUGUUUAGAUUUGUGGUCUAAAGAUAUUUGAGUAAUCUAUUUCUGCAAAUACGGCUGGUCUCCCCAAGGUUCUGCUUGACUUCCAGAACAGAAUCUGUUACACACCUUGACUUGUGAAUGUGUCCAGGCUCUCAUAGGCAACUCAGUCAUUGUUUUGUUUGUUUUUGUUCUUGUUUUUGUUUUACAAAAACUGAGACUGUUUCUGUUCGUGUUGAUACCCCUGCCAGGCUCCGUCCCGAGCAGUGUCAGGUUGUCCUCAGUUACUUGUCAUGAAGCCCUCGGUUCAGGCUGGACCACGUGCUGCGACAGCUUCUGCUCCUUAGGCCUCGUGCUUUUGCAGUUUAUUUUUUUGUUUCAGUGAGAAAAAUUUGAUGCAAACAGGCAUUCAGAAUGCUUGCAGUAUAAAUUAAAAUUUGAUUUUUGUUUAAGAAAUAAUGCUCUCAAAACAGGAAUUGACCUUUAGUUGACCUGAAAGAAUACAUAGCUGUGUGGAUUUUUUAAUCGAUUCAUACUUCAGAUUGUUUAAAAGUCAUUUUUCCAGGAAUAUUUCAAUUGCUUUCUUCUCUUCCCGUGUCCAGCGUUGUCUGCCUGCUCCUGUGGCUGAGGUCUCUGCUGCCUUGCAGGAGCACAAGCUUCCUUCUCCCAGUCAGGGCCGUGAGCACUGGCGGCCAGCCUCCCUGCGCUCGGACAGUGUCAGCUCCUUGUCACUGCCACGCCGCUUGCCCUCCUUGAAGUCUCUUUAGAGAGUUCAGUAAAGUCAGCUCACACAGAAGCACAAUUUUGCCCUUUUCCAGACACCGUUGCCUCUAUCUAGUCAAACAAAUAGGAUUUUGCGUCCUUUCUGUUGGCCCUGAAGUUUGUCAUUGUAUCAGAAUUCCAUCUCAGCAGUGGUAAUACGUGCACAUUACUUUAGAUCGUUAGGAUAAUCUCCCACCUGUUCCUGAUGAAUAGAAAACCAUUAAAGACCAAAAUUAUUGCUGUAAUAAUUUCAGCUACAUACAAAUCACGUAUAGUUUAACCUUUAUUUUUUUUAAUUAAAAAAUCAUGUUUUAAAUGGCAAAAGCCCAUCUUAUAGACUUUUAUAUAGUUGCAAAAAAUUUAUAUCUGUACAGAACAUAACACUACUACACUCAGUAUUCAUUUUAUUGAAGCAUGCAGUUAAAGCACUUUUUCUAAUUUAUAUAGAGAUACCUGAUUAACAAGGCACACUUGUACUAAUGACUAGGAAAAGUAGCUUUUUCUUCCCUUCCUCAAUGAAUUUUUGUCAUGUCCCUUUUCUAGUACGUUUUCGAGGCAAUUGGCAAUUUAGGAGGCAGCAGGACCUGUGUGGGCAGGAAUCCUGAGGUACAUUUUUGUGCUCUGCUGACCACCCUCUGUGCGCAGAGGCACUUGGGGGUGGGGGACGUGCAGAUUCGCCUGCCAGCUUCCCCAGAGUUCGUGGGCAUGUGUCCUGACCAGCUCAGACAAAAGAGAAAGGAUAGUUGCCAGCUGUUGUCCUCUUGGGUGACAGGCAGGUGUUGUCUUGGUCCUCUUUCCUCCUCAAACAAAUGCUGACUUCACCAUCCUAACUGAGCUGUGGGUUUUUGUCGGCAGGAAUAGGCAUCAUUGAUUUGUUACCCUCAACACGGCGCACGCACACAAGCCUCCAGGUUCCAGAUCUCGUUAGGAUUCUCUGCAGAUUUUUUUAGGAGGGUGGGGGAGCAAAAUCUGGAAGAUGUGGAAAGCAUGUUUAGAUUUUAUACACUCUGAAAUAUGAUUUGUUAAGAUUCUUAAAUUGGGGCCUCCUGUAAUAAUUUUGAAUGAGAUCUACCACCUCACGAGAAUAUUUUUCACAGAUAUCUUCAGGCCUUCAUCAGAAAGCUGUGUCUCCCCCUGCUGGUACAUUUAGUUACCUCAUUUUGCUGUUUGUUUCAGAUUAUGAAAGCUCACAGGGGUGUUAGAAUCAUUUGCUGAGUCAU